CAACCCCAGCACCCUGCGGCCGGGGCGGGGCCUACGGGAAGGGUUGAGGCCUACGGGGGGAGGAGGGGGGCGAAGCCUGCAGGGUGGGGCCAAGGCCUGCAGUGGGGGGCGAGGCCUGCAGGGGGGAUGAGGCCUACGGAGGUGGUGGGGCCAGCAGGGUGGGGCGAGGCCUACAGGUGCUCCUUAGGCCCGAGAGGAAGCGGGCCCGGGGCGCUGCGCCGCCGUUGCCAUGGAGACGGCGCGGCCUGCUAGGCCCGCAGCAUGGCGGAGCUGGCGGCCGCUCCCCGCGUCCCGCAGAGGACAAAGCAGCACCCGGUCGGGCUAGGCCGCGUUGUCGGUUCUAUCCGUGGUGCUGCCGCCCCGCUUCCACUCGGCCGUAUCCGCUUCAAGUGCGGCCUCUCCGGGCCCGUACUGGAUGUGCUACGCUGCCGGCCCGGCUGGCAACAGGCGAGGAAUGAGGAGGAGUGGGAUUUCCUCUGGUGCGAUGUCAGUUGGCUUCGGGAGAAUUUUGACCACGUGUACUUGGAGGAGCACGUUCGUAUCUGCCACUUUCGCAAUCACUAUGAGCUGAGUCGGAAGAACUACUUAGUAAAGAACCUGAAGAGGUUUCGGAAGCAGUUAGAAAGAGAAGCAGGGAAGCUUGAGGCAGCAAGAUGUGAUUUUUUUCCAAAGACCUUUGAAUUGCCUUCAGAGUACCAUUUGUUUGUGGAAGAAUUUCGCAAGAAGCCUGGCACCACUUGGAUCAUGAAACCGGUUGGCAGAUCACAAGGGAAAGGAAUUUUCCUGUUCCGAAAACUAAAGGAUAUCUUCGACUGGAAGAUGGAUGGUGGCCGCACGAGCGAGCAGAAGGAUGAAAUGCAGAUAGAGCCUUACGUAGUGCAGCGGUACAUUGAAAAUCCAUACUUAAUUGGAGGUCGAAAGUUUGACCUAAGAGUUUAUAUUCUAGUGACAUCUUACAGCCCUCUGAAGGCCUGGUUGUACAGAGAUGGAUUUGCUCGCUUUUCUAGUAUGCGGUUUACUCUGAGCAGCAUAGAUGAUCACUAUGUUCAUCUCACCAACGUGGCAGUGCAAAAGACUGCGCCUGAUUACGAUCCUGAGAAGGGCUGCAAGUGGAUGAUUCAGCAGCUCAGGCAGUACCUGACUGCCAAACAUGGAGCAGGAUUGGUGGAAGUUCUCUUUGCAGAUAUGGACAACAUUUUCAUCAAGAGCCUCCAGAGCGUUCAGAAAGUGAUCAUCAGUGACAAGCGCUGCUUCGAGCUCUAUGGCUACGACAUCCUGAUUGAUCAGCACCUGAAACCCUGGCUUCUGGAGGUAAAUGCAUCGCCUUCCCUUGCUGCCAGCAGCCAGGAGGACUAUGAGCUCAAGUGUCACCUGCUUGAAGACACACUUCAUGUUGUGGACAUGGAGGGCAGGCUGACUGGGAAGGAGAAACGUGUUGGUGGCUUUGACCUGAUGUGGAACGAUGGGCCUGUCAGCAGAGGAGGAAACCUGGGUGCUUUGGUGGAUGGGAACUUCAUGGCAAACACACACUUAGGUAUGUGCUCACCCAGUGCAGGCAUGGUGCCCUGCUUACGUCCCUCCCUCAGCACAGGGGAGCACACCUCUGUCACUCGGGAACAAGAGAACAGGGAACAUUGACUCUUACAGGAGUCCAGAAGGAACCCAUGCUUUCCAAACAUGGAUGUGAGCAACUAGAAUUACAGCAGCACUAUUGAAAUCCAGCAGACAAACAUGGAGGGAACAAUAUUGUUUAUAGCCCUGCUUUUCAAGCUUUUAAAUUGCUGCAGUUCUUCAUAUGUCAGCGUGGCAGAAAAUCUCAUCUACAGCCAUUGCAGUAGAUGUUUACUGAGCACUCCCCUACAGCUGGUUGUGCUUUUUUUUCCCUCUUAAUACCAUUCAGAAUCCUUCUGAGAGGCCAACACGUGUCUGGAGGUUAUUUGUGUGCCUACAGUCACCACUGAGUGUAGUUCAUAAAUAAAAGGUGAAUACAGCUUCAGCUGAAAGUGGGCAGUUGCCCUUUGUGCUCACGAAAGGUGGAAGGUAAGGGCCUGGGCGCCUCCCCUCUUACUGUUUUCA